AGGUACGUGGUUGUGGCCACAAAUCCAGCUAGGAAGCGAGGGCGUGAACCGACACGCAACAACACUUUGAGUGAAGUAGCAAUGUGUUGGGUUUCCGGAACAUGAAUGAUAAUUGAAGUGUCCGCGAGUGAACACCACAGCUGCGAUGUUCCUGCGACCGAAUUGGAAAGACGAGUGGUGGGGAAUUAGUGAAAUAAUCACCGAGUCCCGAUUCAGUUAUAAUUAUUCGUGUCUUGGCCAACGUCUUAAACGUGUCGCGCAUGCAUUAAUUAUAAUAUUUUUUUAAAAAAUAAUUUAAAUAAAAUUAGUGGUUGCAUUAAAAAAGUAGAGUAGUAGUUUAGAUUGUUGAUAUUAAGAGAAAGGGUGGAAGGGAAGGGGAGGGGAGAGGGAAGGAAAUGGUUGUGGUAAUGAUUCAGACAAGGGAAGAAGCAGGAGAGGACAUCUCAGCCCCUAUAUAGCUACCUCUUAAAUAUCUCUCUAAAGUCUAAAGUCUAAAGUCUUCAACAUUCUAUUCUUCCUUACUACUUAGAGCGAGAUGCGAAGCAUGCCAAGUUCCCCUUCCCCACGAGGCAUUGCGGCCAUCGUGGGCGUGGGCCCUAACCUGGGCCUUUCCAUCGCUCGCAAGUUCGCUCACGAGGGCUACACCGUCGCCAUCCUCGCUCGUGACUUGGGGAGGUUGUCUCGAUUUGCGGACGAAAUAGCUCGGGAAGAGAAGGCGCAGGUGUUCGCCAUCCGAAUAGACUGCUCUGACUCGAGGAGCGUGCGGGAGGCAUUCGAGGGAGUGCUCUCUCUGGGAUUCGUGGAAGUUCUCGUCUACAAUGCAUACCAGCCACUACCAUGGAACCCCACCUCCUUCCAAGACCUCCGCGUGGAUUCCUUCCACAAGUCCCUCGCCGUCUCCUCCGUCGGCGCCUUCCACUGCGCCCAGCAGGUGCUCCCCGGCAUGGUCGAAAGGGGAAAGGGGACCAUUCUCUUCACCGGCUGCUCCGCUUCCCUCGACGGCAUUGCUGGCUACUCUGAACUCUGCUGUGGGAAAUUCGCUUUGAGAGCCCUCUCGCAAUGCUUGGCCAAGGAAUUUCAUCCCCAGGGAGUGCACGUAGCCCAUGUCAUCAUUCACGCUCUUGUUGCCCCACCCAGAGGAGCAACGCCCACGACGUCGUUGCAGAGGGGUAAUUCCGUGGGGGAGCAAAGCAGUGGAGUAGUAGGAGGAGGUGAGGGUACCAUGGACCCCGAUGCACUCGCACAAACCUUCUGGCACUUGCAUGUUCAGGACCGAAACGCUUGGACCCAGGAGAUGGAUCUUCGUUCCUCUUCUGCUAGAUUCUUCUAGUCGCUACCCUCGGUAUUAAUUUUAUGUCCCUCAAUUAUUUUCAUUUCCUCUCUCCAAUGUCAAUCAUUUCCAUCAACAACCGUCACUCCAUGAUCCAUGUUUCCAAUCAAACCCCGUGUGCUAGCUACCUAAGUAUUACAGUAUUAUCAUGUGUAGUGUACAAAAGAUUAUACGCUCACGCUGUGCUGUUUGCCUCGUCAUCCCUUAAGUAAUGAGUGAUGAGAAAGAAGAAAAAGAAGAAAAGGAUGUAUAUAUGGUAUAUGUUAUAUAUGAUAUAUCCAUCCCUUUGUUUUGUGUGUUAAUUUGGAUUAUUCUCUCCUGUCAAAACAUAUUUGGCAUUUUCAAAAUCCUGAUUAAUGAGUUAUUUGUCGGUAAUGGGGCCCAGCCGUGGAAAAGUUUAGGGAGUGGGAUGGGGACAUGGUUGCAUGGAUAAUAGCAGGAAUUCGUGUUCUAAUUUGGGACACAAAAACUAUGUGUAUGUACUUGCUUGAAUCUCCCAAAGUAUUCAAGCUUCAGUGUUGUUAUUUUCAUGCCAUUCGUUUAUGUUUUGUGAUGA